AUGCAUAUUCUAAUUACCGGUGCCGCCGGUUUCAUCGGCCAAUUGCUCGCCAAAGAACUGCUGAACGACCCUGCCUACCGCGUCACUCUCACUGAUAUUCAUCAACCUCCAAUCCCCGCGGGCGUUCGCCACCCCGAAAACGCGACUGCAGUGAAGGCGGAUCUGCUCACGAGUGUCAAAGAUGUGGUCGACUCCUCACUGGACGCUGUCUACGCUUUCCACGGCAUCAUGUCCUCCGGAUCAGAAGCUAAUUUCGACCUGGGCAUGGGUGUGAAUAUCGACGCAACACGUAACUUGUUGGAGGCACUCCGGCACGCAUGCCCUGGAGUUCGGGUUAUUUACUCCUCAAGUCAGGCUGUCUAUGGCCAACCGCUGCCAGAAAUUGUGACUGACAGCGUCGUGCCAACUCCCGAGUCCUCCUACGGCGCUGAGAAAGUGGUCUGCGAAACACUCGUUAACGAAUACACCCGUCGCAAGUUCAUCAAUGGUUUCACGCUUCGAUUCCCGACAAUCUCAGUCCGCCCCGGCGCACCUACUGCCGCAGCCUCUUCAUUCUUGUCCGGUAUGAUCCGCGAGCCUCUGGAUGGCAAGGAAUGCGUGAUCCCUAUUGAAGAUCGGUCAUUCAAAUCAUGGCUUUGCUCCCCCAAGACACUCGUGUACAAUCUUCUUCUUACCCUCCGUCUCCCCAUCGACUCAAUUCCUCCCCAUAUUCGCCAGAUCAAUGUGCCUGGAAUUUGUGUCACCGUUCAAGGCAUGAUGGAUGCCCUGGAAGCGGUGGCGGGCAAGGACAAGUUAGCUCUUCUCCAGGAAAAGAACGACCCAGCGUUAAUUCCCAUCUUGAAAUCUUGGCCCACCCAAUUUGAUAACACCCAGGCUAUCUCUCUUGGAUUCAAGCGUGACGAGUCCUUUGAACAAACUGUGAGGGACUACCAGGAGAGUGUCAAGUGUUCAUGA